GUGGUUGUAUAAUUAUGCAGGUUCUCUCCUGAAUCACUAACACGACUUCCCCUAGGGAUGCUUCACUGAUUUCCUGUUCUUAAGUCCUUGUAUUAUAUCCAUUGGGCCUGAAUGUGUCCUUUGACCUGAUAACGGCAAUAUAUUCAUCAUUCAUCAAUGUCGAAACCUCCGCUCUCAUCUUUAACUGCUUUCCUGAAUGCGCUUUCUUUGCUUUCGAGUUCAACUACCAAGAACCCGGAUUUCGAUGCAGGAUUGAAUACGUCCUCAGCUUGGACGGAAGCAGCUCGAAACAGCCGCAUCAGUACUAACAUCAACUCACUAUCAGACGAAGAGUCGGAGGACGGAGACCACUCGGACGAUAACGCAGGCCUUGAUGGUGUCAUUGGGCGGUCUGCAAGAGCUCUCUAUGCUUUUGAAGGGAAACCGGAGUUUCGAGAGUUAACAUCUGUCCAGGCUGGAGAUGAGCUGGAAGUCUUGAAGGAGGAGGUUGGUGACGGAUGGAGUCUUGUUCGAUGUUUUGCUGUGGACGACCGACGUGAAAUUGGAUUGCUACCCAGAAGCUACUACACCUUCACAGCCGACUUCGCUCAGGCACCCGACUUAGAGUUACCACCUUCUCCUAAUCGUUUGCGAAGUCAAAGGGAGGCUUCGCAGUCGUCUAUCACACCUCGGGGGUCGCCUUCUCGUACACCUGAACCUCGUCCGAUUGUCCCACAGAAUACAGGAGAAUGGUUCCCAAGUUUUCGACGCAGUUUGCUUGGUGGAAAGUCCUUUAAUCGGUUUUCUAGCUUCGUCACAAGUGGUGCAGAAGAAUGGGUCCUACAAGGAUCAGGGGAAGAGAUUUCACCUGCGCCAAGUCACGUCCGAGACAGUACUACGUCCUCUAUGGGUCAAGAUUCUGAAAGCAGUCGAAUCGGACAAGGUGAAGCAGAUAGGCACUUCGUCGAAGCGGGACCAACAUGGAAAUCCAAAUCACCACCAUUUCGCAUCCUGGUCCAUUCACCUUCGAAACGCACUUCGAUGCUCUCCAGCACAUAUACUGUUUACGCGGUCACUUCUCUGUUUGAUUCAGAUGAUGUUUCAGGGAAUGAUGAUCCUCUAUAUUCACCUGUCCGCAUAACGGUCCAUCGCAGGUUUUCACAUUUCGUUGUCCUGCAUACUGCCUUAAGCCGCCGGUUACCUGGGAUUGCUCUUCCUCCACUUCCGGAGAAACAGUAUGCGGGGCGUUUCAAUGACGAUUUUAUUGAGGCUCGGAGAGGUGACUUGGAAAGAUACCUCGGCCGAGUUGUACGACACCCGGUGGCCCGGUAUGCGGAAGUACUAACAUUCUUCUUAGGCUGCGAAAGUGACAAUGAGUGGAAGAGCCAAUAUCAAAUAUACCUAUCUCUUCCACCUGCUGGUCCUUCGUUCUAUGCCAAUGUAUAUCACCCGGCAUUCAACAUCGAUGCAGAUGAUGCAAAUGAGACUAUAGACAAGUUUGUGACCCACACCAAGGCCGUUGGAAGAGGUGUUCAAGGUCUGCGAAACGUUUACGGAGCUAUUCGUCAAGCAAGUAUAGAGAUGUCGAAGGCGCAAAGACUGUUAUCGUAUUCCCUUCUUUCGUUGAUUACCUCGAAACCCCUUGCGUCAGCACCGACAACAGGGAUCAGCGAGGAAGACGAAGAGGAAAGCAGUAAGGCUAAGGGACAUAUAAACGAAGAUGGUGCAUGGUGUUGGAGGGAAGGCUGCGAAGAAUGCCUUAAAAUGACAAAGGGGAUGCAGAAAACUUCUGAGGUUCUGCAGACCAUAGCUGACCUAUAUGACAACCAUGCAAGACACAGUCAGCUCGUUACCCACGAGUCCUUGAAGAGCGUUGCACACCCUUCUACAUUAUAUGCAGACGUCGUCGAGACUCAUCGAUCCACCUUGUCGAGAUACAAAGAGGCGACAAUACGGGGAUCUGAGGACGAGGAUAUGGCAGCGCGAUGCGAGACUGUUCUCAACACCACCAUGGCGGAGAUUGAUACCUACCACACCCAAAAGUGUGAAGAUUUCACCAAUCUCACAAUGGACAUACUUGAUGACGAAAUCGCUUUCUACGAGCAGAUCAUGUCACGUCUCAAGAACGCACGACGAACAUUCGACCAGCCACAAUACGAUAAGCUCGGCACUUCGCCCCGUCAACCAUCCAUAUAUGAACGAGAACUUGAACACCCUCGAUUGGAACCUCCGCCCAUAACCCAACCAUGCCCACAUGUGUUUGACUCUGCACCUAUGCGUCCAGUCAGUGUGGCCAUUCAGGAAGGUGUUGGAAUGUUGCUUGGGUCUCCUACGAGGCAGAGCGUAUUCGUACUAGUUCAUAGUAAGGAAUUGUCACGAGCAUUCGGGGUUAUACAUUCGUUUCAACCGUCACGCGAAGAUGUUUUCUCUUUGACGAAUUGGUACACAGAUGGGAAUCGCAGGACUCGGACUUGGUACGAGGUAUUAACCCUAGACCAGAUACUUGUCAAACCAUUACACCGCUUGCAUGAAUGCUUGAUCCCUGGCUUGACGCUUCUGCUCAUCCUCCAUGUUUCCCCUCAGGGUCCACCCAUGUCGAACUCCUUUGUACACGACAACCUCGAACUCCGUCAAGCCCUUUUCUUUCAACCUUCGCUCCGUGUCCUUCCCUCGCAUAGCGUCGUAGUUAUGGUCGUCCUCCGCUAAAGCGAAACUUAUCGGCUUCGAAAUUCCUUCCAGUUCCUCUGGAUACUUGACAAGACUUGGAUGUGCAGUGACUGUCGCGUAGAAUAAGGAGUUCAACACGAUGGCGUAGCGACCUCCCCAACAAAACCCAACCAUUCCG